AAAAAAAGUAACUAUAAACAGGCAGCAUUGGUACAUUUCCUAACCAUCAAAGAUCACAAAAGCCAACCUACGGCCAAAAACGUGCUCUGAAACCCCGUCACCACCAUUGAUUUUACUUGCUUUGCAUGAGGGCAAAGCGCUAAACCUUGAGGUUCUCCAAAGCAUAACACCUCGAUCAAAGCGUUCCUUUGGUUUAUGGUCCUGCUUGCCACCUUGUCCUCCUUUAGCUAAAGCAACAAAGAAGAUCCCCUCCUUAUUUCUACUCCAACAGGAUUCUUAAACCCAAUUUGCUUCAUCAGAAUCUCUUUUUCUUCUCUCUUUCUCUAUAUAAAUAUACAUGUGAAGAUAUCGGCUAUAGUUUCAUGCCAUUUUUUUCUUGUCAGGUCAUCACAACUUCAGCAAACCGAUUCAGGAGUUUGGCUUCGCAUGGAGAGCAUUGAACUGAAGGUGGAGAUGGUAGCUAUACAUGAGAAGAGACUAAGGAGAUGUCUAUCCAAAUUAAAAGGAAUUGAGAAGGUUGAGGUGGAUGGUAGCAUUCAAAAGGUGGUUGUGACAGGAUAUGCCAACAGGAACAAGAUCCUCAAAGCUGUGAGGAGAAUUGGUCUGAGAGCAGAGUUCUGGUCUCCACAUAACGAAAUACUAAAUGCCUACGCUAGUGCAAGCCUAAUGAUAAACAACUUCAUCUUCUUCUAAGAAUGCAGCACCUCUCAAAUUCACCAUAAACUCGGUUGUGUCGGUGUUUUUAUUUUCAUUUUAUUUUUUGUGAAUGGGACAACAAUUAAGUCUUAUGUACAACAAGAAUCAGCUUUCAAUCUACUACUGUGAGUAAUCCAUCUUUUGUAACUUGCAAGGUAUACAAGAGGAAAAGAAUGGAAGUGUCUUCUAUAAA